CCCUUCCCAGAGUGCACCGCCGCCGCCGCCUGCGUGAGCUCCUUUCUCCCUCCGGAUCCUCCAGCCGUGGAAGGCCAUCAGGCCAUGGAGGUGCUACGGCCUAGUGCUGGGUUAAGGCGCGGGCGGCUGAGGCGCCGGCGCCCGCCCCCGCCACACAGCGGGUCGGUCUUGGCCCUACCCUUGAGGCCCAGGAAGAUCCGAAGGCAGCUGAGGAGAAGUGUCGCAUCCCGCAUGGCUGCGCUCAGGGCUCAGGCGCUGCCGAGUGUGGACUCGGAGGACUCGAGGGUGCAGACUACGGCAGACGAUCUGGGGGCCGCGCGGCCUGGUGGUGCGGCAGCCAUUCCGGAGCUGCUGGAGGCCCCGCCUGCGCGCGUGGUGGAGGUGCCGGCUGCGCCCGCCCGCGCUCUGAACGCCUCUGCCCUGUUGUGCAUUCCCCAACCCUUGGCGAACUCCACGCCACAGGUGGAUAACACAGGUCGGGAGCUUCCCUGGGACUCCCCGCUUCAGCGCAUCUUGGCCGAGCUGAACCGCAUACCCAGCAGCCGGCGCCGAGCGGCGUGCCUCUUUGAGUGGCUCAUCGCGCCUAUGCCGCCAGACCAUUUCUACCGGCGCCUUUGGGAGCGGGAAGCGGUGCUGAUACGGCGGCAAGACCACGCCUACUACCAGGGCCUUUUCUCUACUGCUGACCUGGACUCGAUCCUGCGCAACGAGGAGGUACAGUUUGGACAGCACCUGGACGCCACGCGUUAUGUUAACGGGAGGCGCGAGACCCUGAACCCACCGGGCCGCGCGCUGCCCGCCGCUGCGUGGUCGUUGUACCAGGCAGGCUGCUCCUUGCGCCUCCUCUGUCCUCAGGCUUUCUCCACCACCAUAUGGCAGUUUUUGGCUGUGCUCCAGGAGCAAUUUGGAAGCAUGGCAGGCUCCAACGUUUACCUCACGCCCCCCAACUCGCAGGGCUUUGCACCCCACUACGACGACAUCGAAGCUUUUGUGCUGCAGCUGGAAGGUAGGAAACUCUGGCGUGUCUACCGACCCCGGGUCCCAGGCGAAGAACUGGCCCUGACAUCUAGCCCCAACUUCAGCCAGGAGGACCUUGGUGAGCCGGUGCUGCAGACCGUGUUGGAGCCUGGGGAUUUGCUCUAUUUUCCUCGGGGCUUCAUUCACCAAGCUGAAUGCCAGAAUGGAGUGCACUCUCUGCACCUCACAUUGUCCACAUACCAGCGCAAUACCUGGGGCGACUUCCUGGAGGCCAUUCUGCCCCUGGCUGUGCAGGCUGCAAUGGAAGAAAACGUGGAGUUUCGGAGGGGUCUUCCCCGAGACUUCUUGGACUACAUGGGGGCCCAGCAUUCAGAUUCUAAGGAUCCACGAAGAACUGCCUUCAUGGAGAAAGUACGGGUCUUGGUUGCCCGCCUUGGACAUUUUGCACCUGUUGAUGCUGUGGCUGACCAGCGAGCCAAAGACUUCAUCCAUGAUUCUCUGCCGCCUGUGUUGACUGAUAGGGAGAGGGCACUAAGUGUUUACGGGCUCCCAAUUCGCUGGGAGGCUGGAGAACCAGUAAAUGUGGGUGCCCAGUUGACAACAGAAACGGAAGUCCACAUGUUGCAGGAUGGGAUAGCUCGGCUGGUAGGUGAGGGGGGCCAGUUGUUUCUCUAUUACACGGUGGAAAAUUCUCGUGUUUAUCAUCUGGAGGAACCCAAGUGCUUGGAAAUAUACCCCCAGCAGGCAGAUGCCAUGGAAUUCUUGCUUCGCUCCUACCCAGAGUUUGUGAGAGUAGGGGACCUACCCUGUGACAGUGUGGAGGACCAACUUUCCUUGGCAACCAUGCUGUAUGAUAAGGGGCUGCUACUCACCAAAGUGCCUCUAGCUCAAAACUAAUUUUUUGUUGAUUGCUGAAAACAAGACAGUAGUGAUUCAACACUACCACCACCUUCGUUUUGGCUUUGUUUUUAAUUCCUGUUCUUACCUUGAUAACCAUCAAUAUGGUCACAUUUACCGUUAUCACUUCGAUGUCACAAACCUCAGACAGUCUUUUGGGAAGAACCACCUCAUCUAGGUACAAAAGUAAAAGCAGAAGUUAGAGGAGAAAAAAGAGCUGUUUCUGCUCUUUCUGAUCAGUGACCUUGAUCAUUUCACAGCACCAGCUUCAUUCCUCUUAGGCUGUACUGUGAGCACUGGUUUUGUCACUCUGCUUAAGACAUUAGAAGUUUUUAUUUGGAAAUUGUAUCUUUCAUUUGAGUUCUCUUUCAUCAGUUUGGGGAGAGGAUUGGGCUCAGUAUCAUGUUUGUUAAUAAGUUUGUAUGAGUUAUUAAAGUGCCAAAGAAUGUUU